ACAGCAAAAGUCAGAAGUGAAAAUCCACAAUCUUUUUACGCACUUCUCAUUAAAAGAAGGAUUUUUUUUGUUUGUUGUAUAAUUAAUUUCAAAUUUACGAAAGUUCGAGCGGGGUAGUGAGUUAAGGCUUCGUGCUCGCACGCGGUAAGAUUGCAUGACAGAGUUUUACAGUACACAGUGAAAAUCCGUACAAAAUGGUCGCCACCAAAGCAACCCAGAAACGUCGCGGUGGUUUUAACGGGGUUUCGAAUAGGCCACGCUUUAAAACAGGAGGAGGACCGAAAUCUAUGAAUCCUCGUAACAUAGGAGCAAUGUUCAACGUGAACCAGCUAGGGGACAAUCCAGGGUUUGUAGAUUUUAACGAUGACGUACAAAUUCCAGCAGCGCCUGCUCCUCAAGUUUCUAGUUCUGCUUCGCCCGCCAAUGCCGACACAACAGUUGCUGCUACAACUUCUCAAGGUGCCAGAACAACGACAAACAGAAAAGGAAACCCAAAUCAGAAACGAUCGAACAUGCGAAAUGGAAAUAAUAUGCGCCGGAUGCCACCGGGAAUGAGCGGUUCUUGGGGUCCUCCUAUUCCACCCAUACCUCCUAUGUAUCCAAUGGGUGGUGGACGAAGAAAUGGGCCAUUCCCGCCACCACUACCUCCGCCACACUUCCGAGUUCCACCGAUGGGUAUGCGUGGAAUGAGAGGCGGCCCUAUGAUGCCACCACCGCCUCCAAAUGGACGUUUCGGAGGUCCUUCAAUGGGCCCAGGUCCAGUUUCUCUGAUGCAACGACCCAUACCGCCAAUGCCUCCAAUGCGAGGCCCAAUAAUGAAUCCAAUGGGACGCAUCAUGCCGCCACUCCGGAAUGGCCCACCUCCCAUGCGACGGGUACCGAACGGAAAGAUGCCACCCGGUGGCAGAACUGUCAAACCUGGCGGCAAGCUGCCUAUACGAGCGAGUGCAUCGACCGCAAAAGGUUCAAAAUUGCUGCCAAACAAAAAGCCUCGAACCAAGAUGCCAGUAAAACCACGAGAGGAGUACCCACUGGAUAAACCAUGGGUAACGUCGGAAAUUAAAGAAGAGCACGAGAAGAAGGUGCAACUGGCCGAACGGUUGAAAGGACACAAGGACGAUGCGCUGUUCGCACAGUUCAAGGAACAGCGGGACAAAUUUGUCAAAAUGUACGACGCAGCGCGUUUGGAGUUCAUUGGCAAGCAUCCCGAACAGGACGUUGAUAAAAUCCUGACCGAAUCAAUGGCAAGCAAAAAAGCCAAAACCGAAAACACAAAAUCAAACGAUGCAGUUUCUACUGAUACUCCUGCCGCCACAGAUUCAGCUACUACUACAACGGCUACCACUACCAACGCUACCGCUACCGAUGCCGGAAAAACUUCGGCUUCCUCUGCAUAAAACUAGUUUGUUUUUUUCUUUAUUUUCGCCCGUGGUUUACAGUGCUUAGAUCUCGACAAUGAAUCCGUUGAUAUCAGUCCACGAGGCACAAGAGGAAGCUCGGAUCGCGUAUAAUAACAUAUUUUUCCUAUAACAGAGUGCUAUGAAUUCGAUUUGUAGUAGAGCGUAACAUUUUUUUAAACAUUUGAAACUAAACUUCAAUUAUUAGCAUGCUCUCUCGUUCAACUUUGGUCAACAUUCUAUCAGAAGCAUGUGAGCGUAAACCGAGUAACGGAUUCAAUAAGCAAAUAAAAAUGAGUUAGUUUAGUAAUAUGCGCGAUUUUAACAUGAUUUAAAAAAGAAACUAUAUUAUGAUGCACAGCCAAAAUGGCUCGAUGUUUUAAACAUUCAUAAUAAUGGAGUAAAAUAACUUUUAAUAACACAAAAUGUAUUCAGGGCUAGCAACUUUAGUUCAAGUGAAGACCACUAUGUGCUUAGUCCAGUAGUUUCCUUUACUUUAUCAGUUUAAAUUUCUUGAAAAUAAUGCUCCAUUAAAAAGAUUAUUUGCUCUUUUUCAUAAAUAGUAGUAUCAAACCAAAUUUUAUCGACCAUAUAAUUAUUACAACGCAUAUGUAGUGGUAUACUGUUUGAAUGUAGUUUCUCCUGAAUGCAGACAAGGAACUGUAAUUAAAUUACUAGAAUCCAAUUGCCUAGAACAACAAACUAGGCAUUAAUCUCCUAAAACGAGUAAAAGAAGUAGUUCUUUCUGUGAAAUAGUAUUGUGCUGAAUUCGACACAAAAUAAAUGUUUGAGACGCAACGAUUUUAACAUUUUGGUAUUAUAGACAAAAUAAAACGUAACGUUUCUAUGAACCAGCCAUUUUAUUUACCUUUAUACUCGAGGAUAAGUAAUUUGUCUCACGGAUUCAUGCCCGAAGGAUUUUGGAUCAGCAUCAUUGACGGUGUAAUGUGCACCUUACAUCGUUUGUAUCAUCAAACAGAAAUUGAAUCCAUAUCUCACACUUAUUCUAGUCCGUUGUAGUGUUCACAGUUACAACAUGCAUCCGUUCCAAUUUUAGUGUGACCAAACAAAAAAAGAAUGUUUUACUUUCUGAUCUAUAAUUCUUUGUGCAUAAAUUCGUUGAAUUAUUAUUAAAUUGCUGGUUAUUUUACAGAAUACUUUCAUUUAUAUAACCUUGAGUGUUUGUAAGCAUUUUUACAACUUCAUGCAUUUUAUAUCGACAAACUGUUCGCAGUCUCAGGCAACUUAGAUUUUAUAACAUAAUCUGUGUGAUCCAUGCUUUGGUAUGCCAUUUGCAGCCAAAUCGCAAGACCAUUCAAAUAAACGCCGAAAUGAAUCAUGAAAUAACACAUGUAGCUGUUUGAAAACCAUAAGAAUAAUACAUUCUAACUGUAGAAUAUAAAUAAAAUUAAACAACGUAAUUUAUCCACUUAUGUUUGUGUUGUAUUCGUAGUAAGUCGAUGAACAGUGAUUGUUGCUAAAACUCGGCAAUUCAGCACAAGUAAAGUAAACAGUAAGAGAGAAUUUUCAUCAUCAUUGCAUCUCUGGUCCCUUGUACUUCUGUAUGCCGUUGGCAUAUCGAUGAGUUGGAGGCACUGUUAUCAGUAAAAACUUAUUAGAUGACAUCGAGUGUUGGCCCGGAAGACACUUCCGACCGUGAAGAAAUAUAUCCCUUCCCCUGGGGUAGGCGAAACAUGAAUCUUUAUAACUGAAACACUGAAUGUAUAGAUUAACUGAACAAGAGCAUAGACAAGAAACGUAACAAUGGAUCUUUUAAACGGGCUUAUUGACAGCAAUUAUACACUAAAUACGAAUGCAUUACCCAUCUACACUUUGAUACCAGCAAAGUGCACAACACAUCAAAGAUGACAAAGUAUCUUAAUCGUAUGAAUAAAUAAUUUAAUAAA